AUGGCCCACGCCGACAUCGAGCACGUUCCCGCCCUAGUGUCGCCUGACACUAGCGACAAAAUCGAAGGAUUCGAGGUCGUGUCAGAGCACACUGUCUCGGAGCACGAGAAGACGCCCGUUGACGAGGUUGACCAGGCCGCGGACGACUUGGCUGCCGUGUCCCUCGCCGGGGCGCCCGAGCUCGCUGGCCGCACGGUGACCGUCGUCGUCGUUGGCCGCCACGGAAAGUACUACAAGCACCGCGGCAAGGGCCGCAAGGCAAAGGACAAGAACAAGCACCAGCACAAGCACAAGGAGCACAAGCAUGGCCACGGCCGCCACGGUCUGCCAGGCGGUCCACCUCCUCCCGCGGCACCUCAUGGCUGCCCUCGCGGACCACCUCUGCCACCCCCGCCUCCCGGCUUCGAGCACGCGGUCCCGCCCACGCCGCCGGCCCCGGUCCCGGGCCCUCCCCCCUUUGGGCGCGGAAACUUCCCCGGCCACGGAUUCGCCCGCUGGGGACGCUUCCACCGUCACCACCGCCACCACCACCACCGCGGUCCGGGCGAGACUUACACCGUCGACAUCGAACUCCCCGCCGGUGUGGAGCCCGCCGACGUCGACUGGGACGCGACGCUCCACGAAAUGCGGUGCGACCAGCGCCAUCGGGCGCGCAAGGACGACACUUCGGACUCGACCACAUCCGACUCGCAGUCUGACUCGUCUUCGAGCUCCAGCGAGUCGGACUCGGACUCGGACUCGACUAGCUCGGAUUCGGACUCGGACGACCGCCUCCACCGUCGUUUUGGCCGUCGCCGCGAGCGCGAGUUCCGUCGCGAGUUCCGCGCCUGGAACCGCCGUGGCCACCGUGGAUUUGGCGAGAUUCCCUUUGGCCACGAGCGCGAGAUGCCUGGCUUCGGUGACUUUGGCGGUUUCGGUGGCUUCGGCGGCCCCGGUGCGCGCUUCGGUCGCGAGGGACACUUUGCCGGUGGUGGUCCGUUUGGUCACGGUGGUCCAUUCGGUCGCGGGAGUCCCUUUGGUCAUGGUAGCCAUUUCGGGCCCCGCAGACCGUUCGGCAACCACGAGUCGCACGGCUGGGCCCCCGCGCCCCCCCACGACGGCCCACACGGCGGCGCUCCGGGCCCUCAUGUCGGUCCUCACCACCAUCCCGAGCACCCACCAUGGCCCUCCCCGGCCCCGCGCAAGCACUGCAACGGCAAGCAUGGCCGUAAGGGCAAGCACAGCAAGCACAGCAAGCACCAUAAGCGCCGCGACGGUCCCUGUUGCCCUCCUGCCUCGCAUCCCGGCCCAUCGCACUAA